GUGACAGUCAUCACACUCUCUUUCGUGCAUCAUAUAUCUCAGCCCGACUGCCCUACCCCCGCUCCUUACAACCCCAUUUCAUUUGAUUCACAGAAGUCUCUCUUAGCUUCUUUAUAGCGGUUUUCUUGUCUCGAGACUCUCGACCGUUCUUGUAAGUUGUAACACACUGACAGAGUUCCUGUUAUUGUAAGACACUAAACAGAGUCCCAAGAAUCCAAAUUGCCCGAAGAAUUGCUCAAAAAUCAGUCUGUCCUCUAUCAAUUUAUACUCUAUCUAGAGAAAGAAGACAACCCAUCCGAGCUCUGGGUGAGUUCUUUGAUCCGCGUAUUCGAACUUGGGAACCAGCUAUAUAUCAGUUUUCAGAUGGCUCUAGAUGUUUCUGGUGCUGAAUCACCUCAGAGAAGACCAGGCCUUUUAAGAGAUCAAGUCCAAUUGGUAAAGAGAAAGGACUGUGACCGUUAUGAGAUUGUCCCAAUACAGGAUUCACUAUCAUUUGAGAAGGGUUUCUUUAUCGUAAUCCGAGCAUGCCAAUUGUUGGCCCAAAAAAAUGAUGGGAUAAUAUUGGUGGGUGUAGCGGGCCCCUCUGGGGCUGGGAAGACUGUGUUCACUGAGAAGGUACUCAAUUUUAUGCCCAGCAUUGCUGUCAUAUCGAUGGACAACUACAAUGAUUCAAGUCGUAUUGUUGAUGGAAACUUUGAUGACCCACGCUUGACUGACUAUGACACAUUACUUGAUAAUAUCUAUGGUUUGAAAGAAGGGAAGCCUGUUCAGGUGCCAAUUUAUGAUUUCAAGUCUAGCAGCCGUACAGGAUACAGGACAAUUGAAGUCCCAAGCUCCCAUAUUGUGAUCAUUGAAGGAAUUUAUGCUUUGAGUGAAAGAUUGCGGCCUUUUUUGGACCUUCGUGUAUCUGUUACAGGUGGAGUUCACUUUGACCUUGUAAAACGGGUUUUACGAGACAUACAACGUGCUGGACAAGAACCAGAAGAAAUUAUCCAGCAGAUCUCUGAAACGGUGUAUCCAAUGUACAAGGCUUUUAUUGAGCCAGAUCUCCAAACAGCUCAUAUAAAAAUUAUCAACAAGUUCAACCCAUUCACAGGAUUCCAGAACCCCACUUACAUUUUAAAGUCACCCAGGGCUGUGACAUUUGAUCAAAUUAAGUCUGUUAUUUCUGAAGACCAUAAAGAAACUAUGGAGGAGACAUAUGAUAUAUAUCUUCUACCACCAGGUGAAGAUCCAGAAGCAUGCCAAUCAUAUCUGAGGAUGAGGAACAGGGAUGGAAAGUACAAUCUUAUGUUUGAGGAAUGGGUCACAGAUAGUCCAUUUAUUAUAUCGCCAAGGAUAACUUUUGAAGUCAGUGUGCGGCUUCUUGGUGGUCUGAUGGCCUUGGGGUACACGAUAGCAGCCAUCCUGAAGCGAAGCAGCCAUGUCUUCUCUGAUGAUAGGGUCUGUGUGAAAAUUGAUUGGUUAGAACAGCUAAAUCGUCACUAUGUGCAGGUGCAAGGAAGAGAGCGAUUGUUUAUUAGACAUAUAGCAGAGCAGCUAGGCUUGGAAGGUUCAUAUGUUCCUCGCACUUACAUAGAACAGAUUCAGUUGGAAAAGCUUGUUAAUGAAGUUAUGGCACUACCAGAUGAUUUGAAAACAAAGCUUAGCAUAGAUGAGGAUCUGGUUUCAAGCCCCAAAGAGGCACUUUCUCGAGCCUCAGCAGAUAGGGUUGCUAUGAGAAAGAAGCACCUGAAAAGUGGUAUGUCACAUUCAUAUUCGACGCAUGGGGACAAGAAUCUAUCCAAGCUAACAAGGCUUGCUGUCAACAGUAGGAUUGAAGGAAGAGGCCCAGAAUCACCUGCAACACUAGUGAAUCAGGGUGUCAUUACACAACUCUCUGAACAAAUUUCUACACUACAUGAGAGAAUGGAUGAGUUCACAUCUCGGAUUGAAGAGUUGAAUUCCAAGUUUACUGUCAGGAAGGUUUCUGCCAGCCAACAAAACUUGUCUCUGCAAGCUGAAGCUUGCAAUGGCUCUGGGCCCACUUCACUCUUUGUGUCUAGUUUAAGUAAUAGUCCCUUGACUGGUUCCAUACUACCCAAUUCCUCAUCUUCUUCCCAAUUGACCAAGGAAUCCCCGCUAAUGGAAGAGAUCCUAGCUAUUGCUCGAGGACAGUGCCAAAUCAUGCAUCAGUUAGACAACCUCAGCAAUAUCCUUCAUGAGAACUUGAGCGAGCACAACCGCCAAGGAAGAGCAAUCCGGAGGAGCAGGGUGGAGGAUGCUGAAUUUUUUGGAGUUCCUCUUAUUUUAACAUUGGCUAUUGGGGGCCUUGGAAUAUUCUUGUUCAAGAAUCUGAUGUCCCGAAGCUGAGUCAUCUUCCAAAUAGCAUUUUAUAUGAGACUGGUGUUACCAUACAUGUCAUGUGAGUCUACCUUUCUGCUCGGGAAAGACUGUACGAUAGUCUGAUCUAUCAAUAGAGAUUUUGGGGCUUAAUUAUAGAUUAUAUGGUUCUCUUGAGGAUUUAGAAGAAGGGUUAUCUCGCAGAAUUGUAAAUUGAUUGGCUUAAUACGUAAAAAUUCCUACUCCCAAAUGAUUGAUUAUGUUUGUGGCUACCUCCCGUUUUUCCUA